AUGGUCAUCAACGAUGAUCCCAACCUUCAACCAUUGCGGAUCGGUUUAGCAAAGACCAUCAAGAUGGUGAAGAGCAAGUGGGCAUCACUCAAGUCUAUUCAUCACGCUAUUGAUAAAUACUGCAACCAGACAGGUACACACUGGGACAAUGCCAAUGGAGCUGGGAUCCAUGGCCCUGCAGCAACCACUGUGUGGGAUUCAUAUGUUGUGCUCAGUUCUAAUUCUCAUAUGCAUCCAUUCCGCAACACAGGCUGGCCCUACUUUGAGAAAAUGCAGGAAAUAAUUCCCUUGGGUGGCGCUAGAGGGCACCAUGCCUUCCACCCAGGUGUUAUGGGUCCUCCACCAGUACCAGACACUGAUGAGGAUGAGCCUGGCCUUGCUGGGGCUCCAGCCCUCUCUUCUGCUGGUCCUUCCUCCACCAGUGGUCCUUCCACUACUGCCAAUCAUUCCUCUCACACCGGCCCUUCAUUCACCACCAGUCCUCGCUCUAACACCGGUGGUUUCUCUACUGCUACCAGCUCUGCUGGUGCCAAGCGCCCUUAUGAGGGCACCAAUUUUGAUUCUGUCGAGACCACCUCAUUCGUGUCAAUCCAUGAUUCAGCUCAGCUGGUCUCCACCACCUUGAAGAGGAGCAAUGCGGCCAAGAUGAGCAGUGCGACACAGGCCGCCAAGAACACGCCUGCUGCUGCCGUGAUGGGAAUGCAGGGCACUGUCAACCAUCUGACAGAUGUCUUUGAAAAAUUCAUUCAGCAUGGACUUGGUGGCAUGCGCGGCACACCUACUGCAAACUGA